UUAUGAAAACAGCACGAUCGCUCGACUGGAAACCAUUCAAUUCUGUUUUUGAAAUGCAAACGAAGACGCUCCAUCAUCGUUCAAUUCAAGCUCAAUGGCGAUUCUCGUGAACAAAAAUGUUCCAUGUGAGAUGAGUAAAAGAGGCAGCUCUCUCCCAAACUCUAUAAAUUACAGAGCUAGCUGAGCUCUCCUCAAUCCUCACCAUCACUUCCAUUCCAUGCCAUGAAAACGUCCACGAUGAUCUUGCAGGUUUCCCUAAUCUUUGCUCUCGUCGCAGUGUUCUUAUUGCAGGUCGUAGCUCAGAGAGUCGGAGAUGGCCAUGCACCUUGCUCGAAGGAGGACAUGGCUGCCCUCCUCACCUUCAAAUCCAGCAUCCUCGAGGACAGCACAGGCAUCUUAUCGUCAUGGACAGGCAACGACUGCUGCUCAGACUGGGAAGGUGUCAACUGCGACCUCUCCAGGGGAAAGGUAGUGCAAUUGAAGCUCGAAAUGCCGGCUUCUGGAUACGGACCACGCCCCCUCUUCAUGAGGGGCACCCUCUCCCCUGCUCUGGGCAGCCUCAAGUCCUUACAGAUACUACAGAUCACCGGAGCCAAGAAGCUCACCGGAGCCAUCCCCGAGAGCUUCUCACAGCUGAGCAGCCUCAUCGAGCUCAUCCUCGACGACAACUUGCUUUCCGGCUCCAUACCUUCAGGCUUGGGGAGGCUGACUGCUCUCGCCGUCCUCUCACUGAGCGGCAACAGGCUCACCGGACAAUUGCCCCCGAGCCUCGGGCAUCUCAAGCUGGCUCAGGUCAACUUGGGCAGGAACCUUUUGGCAGGCCCUGUGCCAUCGACCUUCGGAAACCUCAAGGCCUUAGAGUUUCUCGACCUCAGUCACAACCAGUUGAUCGGAGGAAUUCCCAGCUUCAUGGGAGGAUACCCGAACCUCACCAACCUCGACCUUUCCUACAACCAGUUCUCGGGACCAAUUCCCAGCUCUCUUUGCAGGUUAUCCAUGGCAAUGGAGAUCUCAUUAGACAGCAACAGGCUCACAAGCCAGAUACCGAGCCAGAUCGGCGACCUAAAAAAUCUCAGAACCUUCUCAGUCAGUAACAAUUCGCUCAAUGGUUCCAUUCCAUAUUCACUGGGAAAGCUCAAGAAGCUAUGGCGAGUGAACUUGUCUGGGAACAAACUUUCAGGUCCUGUUCCUCUUGAAGUCCAAAAUGGUUUGCCUGUUCUCCAAAGCCUCAACCUUUCCCACAAUGACUUCCAGCUACAGACAAUUCCAGAUUGGAUUAGGAGAAGAGAGCUUAGGGAAGUGCACCUUGCAGGCUGCAACAUCAGGAGCAGCCUCGAGCCGUUUGCAUUCCCAGGUAUUAUCGAUCAGUUAGAUCUUUCUGACAAUCAUCUCACAGGAGAAAUUGGUGACUUCUUCACGAACAUGUCAGUUCUGCAAACACUCGACCUGCACUCGAAUCAGAUUUCAGGUGAAAUACCGAACUCCAUAUGGAGGGUUAAGAGCCUGCGGAGGCUUGAUCUCUCGAGGAACCAAAUUGAAGGAGGGAUCCCGGCAAGUUUAGGUCAGAUAACUACCUUGGAAUGGCUGGACAUAUCGAACAACAUGAUCAAUGGCAGCAUGCCGAGCACCUUCAGCAGCUUAGUCAAGAUCAAGCAUGCUAGCUUCAGAGCAAACAGAUUGUGUGGGCAAAUUCCUCAGUCGAGGCCUUUCAAUAUCUUCCCACCUUCUGCUUAUGCUCAUAACUUGUGCCUGUGUGGCCGCCCACUGCCACCAUGCAAGUGAAAUCAUCCUCGUUUACAAUUUCAUUAACAUCAAAUCAAAUAUAGCAAGCAUCCUUAAUGCCUCUGUUCCAUCAUUGUCUGUAUGACUAAUCUUAUGACACAACA